ACUUCAUUAAUAACAAGUCUUCCAUUGACUUCGCUUACAAAGUCUUCUUCAAUUCCUGGCAACACAGACUACUCUCUGCUUGCUUUAAUGCUGUGAAAGUAAUUGGUGGGCUUCGACUGGAACUUCAUCAGUACACAGAAUACAGAGUAAACAUGGCUAACUUGGAAAUAGAAGAGGAGCCAAUGCUAUCAUCAAAUGCACAAUCAUCCCAUGAACUCAAGGAUUCUAGUUUCCGGAGGAUCCUAUCAAGGAGACGAAGCGCAUCCAUGUACAUUCCCAUGGUGUCUAUGGACCCAUAUUACAACAGAGAACCAAGUCUUGGAGAGCAUAGUCGUCGUCAACUUAACAGCGUCAGAACCUUCCCGCCCAAGAUUGAUGAACUAUAUGCCACCCUUGGAACCCAAAAUAUUUUCAAACAGAGUGGAGUUACUGUGACUGAAAACAGUGAAAACAACUGGGACGACAACUAUGAUUGGGAACAUACACCACCCGCAGUGAGCGUUGGGCAACAGGGAAUCAUUUGUAAUAAUUAUUUUUGUAUUAGGGUCGGUACUCAUGAUAAUGCUCACCAAGGAAUUCCAAGAACUCCGACUAGAUUUGAUCAAGAGGAUUUCAAUUGCAUUGUUAUCAACUGGAUAAGGACAAUACCACUUGUUGUACUUAGAAGCUUGAAUGAUUUAGUGUAUUUCUUGAACAUACUUCUUCAGUUUAGGUUGACUUAUGUUUCUGCUAGUACUGGAUCAAGGGUGAUUGAUAUAGUUGACCAUCCAAAAUAGAUUGCUAUGCAUUAUUUGCAUAGCUAUUUUCUUCUUGAUUUAUUUGUAGUGAUUCCUUUGCCUCAGAUAAUAAUAUUGUUUGUGCUACCAAAGUACUUAUUGGGUUCAUCAGGAGCAAAUCAUUCAAAGAAUCUUAUAUCUGCAGUGAUCCUUGUGCAAUACAUUCUCAGAUUAUUCAGGUUCUUGCCAUUGCUAAUUGGCCA